AUAUUGUUUACAAACGAAAUUCUUUUUUUUUUAAAUGUAGCAGACUACUUUAAAACGAUGGAGAAUUAGCAAGUUGUUAUAAGUUCGUUGCAGUGUUUGAUAAAGUCAAAUAAAUGGGUGCGAGUGGAGACAAUGUGACGCCACUAACUGUUAAAAUAAUGGACAUCACCAAUGAACAAAUAUGUCGACAUUUAUAUGGAUAUAAAACCUUGAAAUGCCUCACUCCAGAAGAAGUUUGUGAAAGUUUCAAAAAAGAUCAAAUUCAUAAUGGAAGUUCUACUGAAGACCUUCCACCUCUCUCUCCGCGAAAACUACGAGUACCAGAAGAGAUUUCUUUAUGCAUUUCAAGUAUUCCAGGCGAAAAAUUUGGUGCUUGCGCAGCAAAACGGAUUCCGCAUGGGACCUGGUUUGGACCUUUUGAAGGAAAACUAGUUCGAACUUCUGAACUAAAAGUUGGGUUUAAUACAGAAUACAUGUGGGAAAUAUACCACGACGGGGAAGUAAGUCACUUUUUAGAUGGUAACAACGAAAAUACGUGGAUGGCUUUUGUUCGAUGCGCUCGUCAUAAAAAGGAACAAAAUCUUGUAGUUUUUCAAUACCAUGGAUGUAUAUAUUACCGAACAACUAAAGAUAUUGGUCCAAGGGGAGAACUGUUAGUUUGGUAUGAUAACAAAUAUACGCAAAUUCUCGGAAUACCGGUUGCCUGGAAUGAUAGCAGAAAUACAAAUGGAAAAAGAAAAACGUCAACAUGUGAAGAAAGCCCAAAAAGAAGGAAAGAAAAACCAUAUCCCGGGCUUUUGUUACAAAAAACUGAUUCCAAGUUAAAUUCUCCAAAUGAAAAAUGCACCAACUUAUCAUCCCCAUUAUGGCUAAAAAAAUCUUCUCCGAUUUCAACGGCACCAGUUACAUUUAAAUGCGAAAAAUGUUUAUUUUCUUUUUACACUAAAGAGCAACUGGCAAAUCAUAAGUGUCUUAGCCAGUCUUGGAUUCCAACGCUACGUUUACCUUCUUUAGACCGAGCACGCGAUAUUUAUCGACCAAUGCAUAUAAAUAUGCCGUCUCCCAACGAUUUAACAUACUUUUAUCGCCAUCAUCAUUCUUUUUCACCUAGCCAAAACUUUAGUUAUCAUUCACCUCCUAUGGACCCUUUAAAACAACUACCUUCAGCUGCCCACAAAGGUGCUCCAAUAGCUAUAAGAAACUUUUAAAUAAAUAAAAAAAUUGACAAUCACCUCCAUAUACGUAAAAUAGAAGAUAUUUUCAAACUUUAUAAAAAAGUUAUAGUUAUUUUUUGCAUUAAUUUUUGUAUUUAGAAUUUUAUUUAUAUAUUUAUAAAU